ACCUCGAACAGUUCGAGCUGAGAUUGCUCUGGUUCAAGACGUUGCUUGAUAAUACGAGUCGCAUUUUAUAUAGAGACAGACGCGUGCAGCAUCUAGUAUAUAAAACAAAGCUGAAGCUUCGUUUAGUUCUAGCGCUUUGUUUAUAUAUUUAAAUCAUGAAAAUUAUGCUAUCUAACAAAACAUUGCACAAGUUUCUGCUGCUGUUGCUGCUGCUGAUGCUCGCCAGCGUAUGGAGCCAUCCAUUAAACAAGCAGCCGGAAACAGAAGGGUCUGUGGCCCAACGACCCGUAUUUCUCAUUCAAAACAAUGUGAACGCUGAGGACGCAAAGAACUAUCAAAUAACGAUACCAAAAGAAUUCAAGCCCGGAGAGCCAUGUUUGACGAUCAGUUGGAAAACCAACCCGGAUGGCAGCGGGCCGGAUGAUCCCAGAAUUUAUAUGGUAGACGGCUACUUUAAGAUCAUGCCAGCCCAGGCAAAUAAGCAACAAUAAUCAAUUGGUUAAGUUAUGCACCUCAGCAUUUAAACAUAAAUAUUUCAUAUCUGAGAACCAAUUCACAUGGAUCGUUGGGCCUUAGGGUCUUCCCCACUCCGGACUCUUUAAGCUGCCAAGACCCGACCUGUUGAUAGGAUAAAUGUCUGUGCUCACAGAACGAGGGAGCUUCUAGACGGAAGUAGCUUCGGCUAGAGCUUCUACUGUUUUUCCAGACAUCGAAAUUAGAUGAUCUAAUCCUGGCAUAAAACGCAUCGCAUCUCCAAUAACGCACAUUUUGAUCAAUCCCAUUUUGAUCUAAUCCCCACAAUUCCAUUUACACAAUUAUUGUCUUAAAAAAAAAGGUUUUGCAAUUUAAAUUAUUGUAAUAUUUAGAUAUAAAAUUCUUAAUUAUGUUUUAAUAUUCAGAUUUCAAUUAAAUUUAUAUUUCAAAUAUUGCUUAGAACAUAUUCUCGAAACAAACAAUAUUAAAAACCCAGCGUGCCUCAAAGUAGUUUCUCCGAAUACAAAAUGAAGAAUAUAAUAUCUCUGAAUAUUACAAAAAAGUUCUGUUUACAGUGAUGAUAUUUUCUUCGAUAUUGUUAUCCCAUAUAUAUUUCUUCUUAAAGAAUAUUACAAUUUCUUAAUAAUAACAGUUUUUGUUAAU